AUGGUCGAUCUGAUCAGCCAGUAUGAGAAGAUCCAGGAUGAAGUGGAUAAGGUAGCCAUGAUGGCCCUUGAUCUUCAGCCCGGUGAUGAAGUAAUUACGGCUACUUUUACCUAUGUGGCUACGGCAGAAGUUAUUGCGCUCCUUAAACUUACCCCGGUUUUAGUUGAUGUGGAUGAAGAUACCUUCUGUCUGGAUCCGGAGCAGGUUAAAGCGGCUAUUGGUGCAGAGUAUACCUUUACUAAUGGAACCAAAGCCAAAGCGGGAUGUUAUGGUGAUGGUGGAGCCAUAUUUACCAAUGAUGAUGAUCUGGCUGCCCAGCUGAGAAAAGUAGCUAAUCACGGUGCGGAUGUGGCCUUUAUUGCCGUAGGCACCCCUCCGGGGGAAGACGGCAGUGCGGACCUUCAGUACGUAUUGGCCGUAGCCCGCGAAAUUGGUGAGAAUAUGAACGAUUACGGUGUAAUCGUAACCAAGAGCACCGUGCCGGUAGGUACGGCCGCCAAGGUGAAAAAUGAGAUCAACCAGGAAGGAGCAGCGGUAAAUGAUUUUAUGAAGCCAGACCGUAUUGUGGUUGGAGUGGAGAGUGACCGGGCCAAAAGCGUAUUGGAUAAACUGUACCAUCCCUUUACCCUUAACGGGCACCCGGUAAUAUUUAUGGAUGUGCCUUCAGCUGAAAUGACCAAGUACGCAGCCAAUGCCAUGCUAGCCACCAAGAUCAGCUUUAUGAAUGAUAUUGCCAACUUGUGUGAGAUCAUGGGAGCAGAUGUAAACCUGGUGCGCAAAGGGAUUGGUACCGAUCCCCGUAUUGGGAAUAAAUUUAUAUACCCGGGUAUUGGCUACGGGGGCAGCUGCUUUCCCAAAGAUGUGAAAGCACUGAUCCGUACCUCCCGUGAGAACGGACACGAAAUGCGCAUCCUUCAAUCAGUGGAAGAUGUAAAUGAAGAUCAGAAAUCCGUACUUUUCAAUAAAGUAAAAAAGCGCUUUGGCGAUCUUAAAGGUAAACACUUUGCUAUGUGGGGCCUUUCCUUUAAGCCUAAUACGGAUGAUAUGCGCGAAGCACCUUCUGUGGUUAUUAUUAACCAGCUUGUUGAAGCCGGAGCUACCGUUACUGCUUAUGAUCCGGUAGCUAUGGAAGAGGCCAGGCAUAUGAUAGGCGAUAAGAUCAGGUAUGCUAAAGACGAGUUUGAAGCACUUAGCAAUGCGGAAGCGCUGCUGGUGGUAACGGAGUUUGAGUUUUACGAGCAUGAUGUUUCCAACUUCAUCCAUAUUCCUGGCGAGUUGGAUUACAUUCUGCAUUUUGCCUCCCCGGAGUUAAAGGUAUUUGGAGAUGACUACAAUACUCCGGACGGAAGCUGCGUGCGCGACUAUAUUCACGUGGUGGAUGUGAUAUAUAACCUGGAUACACUGACUUAUGCCGGUAAUCUUGAGAAUUUAAAAGACAUUGAAUCAGCGGAUAACUAUCAUUUCCUGAAAGCAGAUAUUGUGGAAGCCGGGCAGAUGGAUAAGCUCUUUGCCGAGUAUCAGUUUGACAGUGUCAUUCACCUGGCAGCAGAAUCACAUGUAGAUCGUUCUAUCACUGAUCCUUUGGCUUUUGUGCGUACCAAUGUUAUUGGAACGGUAAACCUGCUGAAUGCCUUCCGUGAUACCUGGAAAGACAAUUUUGAAGGAAAGUUAUUUUACCACAUCAGUACGGAUGAGGUGUAUGGCACCCUGGGCAGCACCGGGCUUUUUGAAGAAACCACCGCUUAUGACCCCAAUUCGCCCUAUUCAGCAUCCAAAGCCAGUUCUGAUCAUUUUGUGCGGGCUUACGGUGAAACCUAUGGUUUGCCACAUGUAGUAACCAAUUGUUCCAAUAAUUACGGGCCUAACCAGUUUCCUGAGAAACUGAUACCCCUAUUCAUUCAUAAUAUUAAGAAUAACAAGUCUUUGCCGGUAUACGGUGACGGAAAAUACACCCGCGACUGGCUGUAUGUGAUCGAUCACGCCCGCGCCAUUGACCUUGUGUUCCACCAGGGGAAGGAAGGAGAGACUUACAACAUUGGCGGCUUUAACGAGUGGCAGAACAUUGAUCUGAUCAAAAUCCUCAUCAAACAGAUGGAUGAAAAGCUGGGCCGCCCGGCCGGUGAAUCUGAAAAACUGAUCACCUACGUAAAAGACCGCCCCGGCCAUGACCGAAGAUAUGCCAUUGAUGCCAAUAAGAUCAAAAAUGAAUUAGGCUGGGAACCUUCCGUAACCUUUGAGGAAGGCCUUUCGGAAACCAUUGACUGGUACCUGGACAAUGAGGCAGAAGGUUGGGUGGAUCUUAGCCCGGAUCGCUUUUGGGAAAGAGGAGGCUAUGCCUUUAGUGCAGAUAAUGGUUAUGCACUGGCCUUUCAGGCGGGCCUGAACUAUGAGUUCAAUGCCUGGCUUAAUCUUAAUGCAGAGUUGCCGUUGGUGUAUCAGUACAAUAAUCGCGAUGAGAUAGCCUACCUGAUCCCCGCUCCGAUGGCAGGAAUUAGUGUGGAUUUAUUCAAUCAUUAA